GGAUGGCCAAGAAGAUGGUUCGCCACAGGGGGAGCGUGGCCACCGUCCAGCAGCGCUCGGGCAGCAUAUAUUUCCCUCCCGGCGCGGCCAAGCCCCCGGCGCUGGUGGUGAAUGCCGGCCCCAACGUGAAAUUGGAGCCGUGGAAGCCGAUUCGAUCGGCGGAGAGCGCCGAGAAGAGCGUGGGCGGUCUGGGCGCCGGGACGUGGAUCUCGCCCACGGGAGCGCUGCGCGGGAGCAUUUGCCCGGCGGUGGAUGGAGGCAUCGCGUUUUGCAUCGCGCCAACGUUCUCGGCGCCGGCGCCACAGACGGGGCCAGUGUCGCCCAAGAUCCGGAGCUCGUGUGUGAGGACGCAAAGGCUGGUUUUGGCUUACAGGGACAAGGAGUCUUUGAUAGAGGAGGUGAAGGAUUUGAGGAAGGCUUUGCGAGAGCAAGCCGACUACUUCAAGGUCCACAAGGUCCAUGUCUCCACCAUCGAUCUGGAAAACAGGAUUGAAGACUCGUUUAGGCGACCUGAGAAACACGUACGAAGCACAGCUCGACGAGCUCAAUUUGCUACGCAAGGACAUCCGCGUGACGAGAACAAGAGAAAUCAAAGUGGAGCGAGAUAUCUUUGCCGAGGAGAUUGGACGGCUCCAGAGGCUGAUCGAGCACCUCAAGCUCUUGCGUGACUACGUUGUCAACGAGAACAAGAAGCUGGCCAGAGUUCGUGACAAAGUCAUCCGGUUGGAGAUCGCCAACCAGCACCUCGAGGGUUGCAUCUCUGUGGUCCAGGAGACGCUGAAGAAGGCUCACUCCAAGAUCGAGACGUGUAAGAUCAAGACCAAGGAGUAUCAGACCCAGGCCGGGAUCGACGGUGACAAGUGCAAGGGGCUCCAAAGCCAGGCGGACAGCCUCGAGGCGGAGCUGAGCAAGGAGAGGUUUGAGAAGCUUGCGUCGGAGAAGAGGGUGAACUACUUGAAGCGCAAGCUUUGGAAGGCGGAGCACGACUUGGCGGAGUUGGAUCCCAAGCAAGGCAAAGUCGACGGCUCCUGCCAAGUCAAUUAUCCAUCGCCACGGGGAUCGCCAUCGCCUUCCACUCCAAAGUCCGUCAAGUGAUGGCCAACAACAUGGAGUUUUUGAGUUUUUGGUUCUCCACACACAAAGCUUUUUUGUAGGCGAUGUUCUUGUUGUACAGGGAAGAGAAAAAUGGAAAUUUAUGACAGAAA